GUGUGCGGUGCCCUCUUUGUGCUCGUCCUGCAGCUGUCAGGAUUUAUUAUUGCUCCCACUGUGGGGAUGUUGGCAAUGUGUGACACAGGCUUCGGGACACGCUCCUGACACAGGCUUCGGGACACGCUCCUGCCUGUGGCUGCCCUGGAGGGAAGAGACCAGGCAGAUAAGGACAUUGCUGUUUGAGCACCAUCUUCGGAAAGCUGCAAGAGAUUCAGGCAGGCUUGUGUUUCUCUGUCCCAGAGUUUGUGACAGUAUGGAUUUGACAUCAUCACAACAUAAUUAUCUACAAAAUGAACUGGGGCUACUGACAGCUUUUCUUCUUCAGCACUUUCAUGGCUGCACAUCUUUCAAGAUCCUAAAGUAUUGGGAAAAAGAGGAUGAACAGAUAGUUGCAGAAAUCAUGAGGAGGCGGUUUUUUCCUGCUCUUAUAACUCAUGAGACCUGGGAAGGCUUUCACUUUGCUGGCCAUGAGAUAAGAAUUACAGAAGCCACUGAUUGUUAUGGGGCAGUCGUCUGGCCAUCGGCUCUUGUUCUGUGUUAUUUUUUGGAAACUAAUUCUAAACAAUACAAUUUGGUUGACAAAAAUGUGAUUGAAAUUGGAGCUGGAACUGGGUUGGUCUCCAUAGUAGCCAGCUUACUGGGUGCCCUUGUGACUGCCACAGAUUUGCCAGAAUUACUGGGAAACCUUCAGCACAACGUUCUCCGUAAUACAAAGCUGAAAAGCAAACACCAGCCUUGUGUUAAGGAAUUGUCUUGGGGAAUUGAUCUGGAAAAGAACUUUCCUAGGUCUUCCUGUCAUUUUGACUACAUUAUGGCUGCUGAUGUAGUUUACCACCAUCCGUUCCUGGAUGAACUCCUCCUAACUUUUGAUCACUUGUGCAAGAAUGAUACUGUUAUUCUGUGGGCUAUGAAAUUUAGGUUGGAGAAAGAGAACAAAUUUGUGGACAGAUUUCAGACCCUGUUUGACUUAGAGAUGAUUUCUUAUUUCCCCAGUUUGAACAUAGCCUUGUAUAAAGCAAUGAGGAAAGGCAGCAUGAAAGCCAGCCUUCCAAACUGAUGGUCUGAAAGUGAGAUAUAGGAAGGUGACAGUUUCAGCUGUUCUGUAGCUUGCUCUCUUUUUAAUAAUUUCCAUAUUAGUAGCUGCUAACAUCUAUGUGAAUCACAGUUUUAGAAGUAGCUAAAACAAAGCAUCUGAUUCCUAGUGCCUCCCUAAUAAAUUGCUAAAUUCAAUUUGCUGAUAGUUUUAUACACAGAAGAGAUGUACUUUUGACAUUUUCUUGACUUUUAUGUGCUAAGAUGACAACUCUAAUAAGUUUCACUGGUCUUAACACUAUUGUUAUGGGUCAUGUAAUGAAUAUUUCCAAAAGCUUUCAGUUACAGCUUUGAGUGGUGUCUUAUAUGAUCAACCAAUCAUUUAAAACUCAAGACUGUCAUGAAUCUUUGCAUUUAAAAGUUGAGGUGUUAAAUAUGAUCUUUUCCCAUUCUCACUAUCAUGUUAAUCCUUCCUUAGAACACCCUUAAUAGGAUGUUAAAUUAGCCGAAAAAAACCCUUGCUACCUAUAUUGUCAUAAUACAGGGAUAGAAUAUAUUAGUUACCCUUUGAUUUAAUAAUUAUGCUUUCACUUUUU